GGGGGUGACGCCCGGGCUGUGAGGGGGCGGCUUCGCCCGGAGGUGCAGAGGGGCCUUCCUGCCGGCGCCGCGGCGCCUUCCCCCCGAGCUGGGGCCGGGCCCCCCGGUGGGGAUGCGGGUCCCCGCAGGGGGAGAGGCGGCGGUGGCGGCGCCUCCCCGUGAGGGGAAGCCGAGCAAGACCCGCUGUGCGCCCCAGUGGCCCAUCGCCCCUCCAGCUGCCCGGCCCCCCUGAGAGCCACAGGACCCCCGCGCUGACGGACACGGUAGGACCUGAGUGAGUUUUCCACAGGAGCCAAAGUGUGGUGCGGGCCCGACCCCAGCUAAACUUACGGAGUAAGCGGUGGAAAUGUAGUUUUGAUUGUGUAACUCCAGGACUGGCCCAAGUGCAUCAGAUGGUGACAGGACUGGAAGCCCUACAGUAGCUUUUGUAGGACACUCACACCCACAGACAUGCAUUUUUAAAAUUUCAGCAUCGGGACAAUUAGUGUAAAAGGCUCCCAGAGAGGUGACUGGCAUCACUUUUCUAUAACCUUUAGUCAUUUAAGUGCAGUUCUGUAUAAAUCAUUGUUUAUACAUUGGCUUAUGUUAACAUUUAAAUCUCAGCUCUGAAAUUACUAGUAUUUAGCUCUGAAUAGAUUAAAGGUAAGCCAGAAAGUCAAGACUGGUCUCUGAUAUAUAGAAGAUAUAAAAAAAGACUUUAAAAUAUAUUUUUCAAGGUACACCAAGACCUAAUUCCUUGAAGGGCCUUAUGGAUGUGCACAAUUUCAGAAGGCUGCUCAUCUGAUCUGUACAUACACAUAAAUUUGAUUGAAAAUUAGGGUCUGUCACCAUAAGCAAGUGAGAUGGUGCAAAUGACACUGGAGCCCACAAGAAAGUUGAGCUUCAUUCAAACUGAGCCAAAGAAAGUUUGGCUUCAUGCUUAUGUCAGCAAAUUUUUUUAAGAUUAUCUACCCAAAUCUGGACUCAGUUUUUGGAAAGCCUUGUUCUUGCACAUGCACAAAUACACUACUGCCUUAACAACUGUGGUUAUAUUCAUGCUCUUCCUUGAUUACAUACACAGUUUUACUGACGUAAGAGUGCUUGUAAUCAGUGCAAUUUAUACAUUUUUAACCAAGAAAAAUAAACUAUUUGAUAUAACUGUGUCCACACUGAGUUCAUGGUUUGUGCUCAGAAGGAUUUUGAGGUCCUGUAUUAAGAAAUUUGACAAAUGAUAUUUCUUAUGUUGAAGCCAUGUCUUUGAAUAAAACAUAUGAGAGAAUAGUAGGGGUUUUUUUCUGUGUAAUUGUGUUUGCAGUCAAGUUUUUGACAACCAAGAUAUCUCAGUUGUGUUAUUCUUUUUAAAGAGGUAGAUCAAACCUACAAGUCACAGCUGUAUAACUCUGAUGAAUGUAUCACAGCUGCCAUAGUUAUAUUAAUAUAACUGAACAUCUCACUGAAAAGAUAAUUUUUAUCCUUCAACUAAGGAAUCACAGUAAAUGUCUGCAUACCCUAAAAAAACCCCAGAUGUAUAAGGCUGUGCGAGUGAUUAAAAAAAACAUUAAACCCACUCACAUUUCAGGCCCUCUGCAUUUGCUCGUGAAGUUUUUUGAAAGACAGUUUACUUUACAACCUUUUAGCACAACAGUUGGACUAAGGAUAUGCAUUAACUGUUGGUGAACAAUCUGUAGUAAUUCUGAAGGUGCAUGGUCUAAGCAUAUGAUCUUCGUAGAAGGUGCAUUUGGAAGUAAUAUGAUGAUUCCUUCUAAGUACUCAGGCCAACAGUCACACCAUAGUUCAUAGUGUUAUUUUGCAGGUUAUUGCUUUAGCCUAAGAAGCUGAAUCAUGGGAUUAAGAACGUGAUUUAGUGAAACUUAGAGUGAUAAAAAAGAAAGAGGAAGAAUGUUGCAACAUUUCAGUUGUGCAAUAUCCUAAAAUGAACUAUAAAAAUUAAAUAGAGCUUGUAUGGGGAAAUUCUGUUUACAUGAAGGAGAAAAAUACUGACAAAUUUUAGUUCAAAAUUUCUGUACCUCUUAUUUAGAUUCCUCAAAUACCCGGUAUAUGCCUUGAAGUAACUUGUUUAUUUUAUUUGUGUACCAUGUAACAGCUAUCACAAUGAGAGAAAGACCACAUCUAAAUUUGUCAUUGAAACUGUCCUAAUGUCUCAUCAAGCAAACCAUAUAAAUACAUUUCUGGCUAAAUAAAAAUGAAUAUGAUUUUUUAAUUUUCUAGCAGCUGAGGCCUAAAAGAUGAUUAGAUUGUGCCCAAAUUAGCUCUUUUCCUCAUGCUACUCAAAAUCCAAACUAAUUUGGAUGUGCUGGGGGGGCUGUUUGGUGGUUUGAAUUCUCAGUGAAAGAAUAAAGGGAAUUUUCCUUAAGGUAUUUGCUGCCAGUUAGUACCUCUGGAUCAGUCAGAAAAUCCCUGCAGGCAGAAUAUAAUCUUCCUACUUUAAAAAUUUGGGACUUCAGUUUGGAGAGAAAUAGUUUAUGAUAACUGUGAAGAAAAUUAGAUGAUCAUGAGUCUUUUGGUCCUAAAAUAUUUUUUCCCUGUCUCCUCUACCUUCUUGUCUUUCCAGUCUUGAGAAGACUGUUUGACUGUAGAGUUCUACUAUAUGAGAUGGUGACACAAAAAUGCUGUCAUUUUCAUACAGGGUUCCUUGUCUUUUCCAUGGUGGUUGUUCUUACCUGUGCACCAUUGCAAAUAAUGACACUGGGACUAAACCUCCAGAGAGUGGUAUCUUUGGUUUUAUGAUUAAUAUUUCAGCACUUUUAGGUGUAAUUACAAUGUACAUCAGGUAUUUAUUAAUAGAGAAGCAAAAUGAGUCAUCGCACUUUGUUAGGUCUUCGUGCAACGUGUUUUCAUUGUGUAUUGGAUUGAUGGGCUGUAUUGGAAUGGGCAUAGUUGCAACUUUUCAGGAGCUGUCUGUUCCCAGUGUCCAUGACAUAGGAGCUUUGGUGGCGUUUGGCUCCGGUGUUGUAUACAUUACACUUCAGUCUAUAAUCUCUUACAAGUCCUGUCCACAAUGGAACACUUACUUUGUGUGUCACAUAAGGAUGGCCAUAUCUGUAAUAUCAUGCAUUGCUUUCAUUCCCAUGAUUGUGUUUGCUUCAGAAAUCUCCAUGACAAAAAUUGAUUGGAUUCCAGGUGAAAAGGAUUAUACUUACCAUUUUGUGAGUGCGAUCUGUGAAUGGAUGGUGGCCUUUGGGUUUAUCUUCUUCUUUUUAACAUUCAUUAGAGAUUUUCAGAGAGUUUCUUUAAGGAUAUCAACAGAAAUAUGUGAAGACUCCUGAUAGUGGAAAAAUUUAUAUUUUUUAUAUAUGAAUAUUCUAGGUUUCUUUUUACUUACAGAAAAAUGUUGCACAGGGAUAGGGAUUUAUAAAGUUCUAUAAAGAACCCAUGCCAUUAUCUCUGCAACAUCUAUAACAACAUCCACUAAACAUUUUAAAAAUUCACAGUAAUGUUCCUGCUACCUUUUUGCAAUAUUUUGUAUUUUUAUAAUGUUUGAUAUAUUAAAAAUACUGUAAUAGAAGUAAUCUGUAGAAGCACCUGAAAGUCAUUCAAAGACUUUGAUCUCCUCAGCUGUUCCCUUUUUGGACGUAUCCGUACUUUUUCAUUUGUUAUAGUCUGAUUAGUCACAUUAGUUUUAACCUUCAGAAAGUACAUUUUGCAAAUAGUUAGGAAAGUUUAAAGACAAUGAAAACACUAAGGCUGAAUUCCCGCUCUAUUGAGUUGCAAGGACUGUGGAGGAAGGUGUAAGCAGAAGUGGGCAUCUUUGUUUCAGGACUAGAAAUUUGCAGUUAGUACAUGGCAACACUAUGCUACACAUUUCUGAUAGUGGACACUGUACACAAAUGCAAAUCCUAGGAGAAGUUUAAACUACUGCUUGAAAGAGGUUUUCUAAUCAUCACUCUAAUGUAUGUUGUAAAAGUCUACUCCUUUUUCCCCUUUAUGCACUGCUGGCUGUAGGAAGCUUAAAACUGGUGGGAAUAGAAAGUAAAUUUACAGUUAUGCAUGAUCUGCUAAAGAGAAAUCUUACUGCAAUUUGGUUAAUACAAAGCAGAAGCUCUCCAGCCUGUGUUUUAACCUACAGUGAUGGAAUGAAGAGGGCUUCCAAAAAGUCAUUGGGAUUGAAUGGCAAAGAGGAAGAGGCACCAGUUCUUCUCAGGUGUUCAGUUGUAUGUGUAUGAGUAUUGUACAUCUAUAAAACAUGAAAAAAAACCCUGGAGAGCUUCUGUAGUGAAGAUACGGCAUAUUUGCUGCUAUAAACUUACUUCUAUAAUGAAAGACUUGGAAAGGCACGUUGCAAUUAUCUGGAGGCAAAAGGGUCUUUUGUGGAUUGAUUCACUACCUCCAUUUAGUGCAUUAACCACUUAGCUAUCAAUCAAGCUCUCUGAAAAUUACAUUUACCAUGGUCUAUCACAGUUUAUGCAGAAAUAUUGAUGAUUUCUAAUUUUUCAUGAGAUAAAACAAAUGUGUGUUUUGGAUAGUGAUGCCUUAACACUAGUCAUCUGUUGAUAUUUCCUUUAAUAUGUAUUUUAAACUGUAUUAAAUUCAGCUGUUUCACAA